CAUUUUCACAUCAAAAUUCCAAUUGAAUUGAACCGAAACGAAAAUUCUAAGGAAAAAAAAAAGAAAGAGAAAGCCAUGAAUCCCAAAGUUCUCUUCCUCUUCGGACUUCUCCUAAAUCUCGUUUCCAAUUCGUUCCAAAACCCUAACCCUAAAACCCCAAAUUCGAAGAUAUCAAAGGCUCAUGUUGAGCUCACGAACUAUGGCUUUCCAGUGGGGUUAUUGCCGGCGACAACCGUGUUGGGCUACGCCGUGAACGACACUUCCGGCGAUUUCUCCGUCAGGCUCGGCGGCGCGUGCAAGAUCACGCUCCCGCCGGACAACUACAUCGCCACGUACUCCAAAACCAUCAAGGGGAAGAUCGUGAAGGGGAAAAUUGCGGAGCUUGAUGGGAUUAGGGUUCGCGCGUUCUUCAAGUGGUGGUCCAUCACGGGAAUAAGGUCCUCCGGUGACGACAUUGUUUUCGAAGUCGGAAUGGUCACCGCCAAGUACCCGUCAAAGAACUUCGACCAGAGCCCCCCUUGCGAGGGACAACACUCCUCUUCCUGAAGUAAGGUUUCUAGGUACUUAUUCGCAGCCUCUGUGUUUUUAGUAAAUGGGAUAGUGACUGUGUCCACUGAAAUUGCAAAUACGUUUUAAAAGUCGCUUGUGUAAUAAUCGUAUAAUGUGUUUUUAGUGCUUGUGCUUUUAUGUAAUCUUAAUAUCGUAUUUGUUAAUUAUUAUGCCACGACGAAUCCCUUCUUGGUCACGUUGCUCGUUGGACUAUUUAAUAAGGCCAUUUUGAACAUA